AUGUCUUAUAUUUCUAAUUUGAAUCUGCUUUAUGCAGAUACGCCUACUGAAAUAAAUGAUGAUGCAUUUCAAGAGGAAUUAGCUCUUUGGGCUAAUGCUCAAUUCAGUUUUGAUACUGCGCCUGGUUCGGCCAUCGUUGAUGAUGAAAAGGCAAAAGAAGAGACGCAACUUUUAGAGACAUUUAAAGAGAUUGCUCAACUCGUUCAGCCUUCAACUUCAAUUGAUAGUAAAAAUAACAACACCAACAACAGUAGCAAUGGUAACUUGUAUUACAACAUUGCGCCUGCUCCAUCUCAAAACAAUAUGCCAGCCAUUCUUCCUCGACUUGCACCAGCUAUGCAUCCAUUGGGCAUCAAACCCAUAGAUAAUGCGAUGACUAAAAAGUUGAUCAAGACUGAGAAAGAGUCUAAAGAGCCAAUUAGUGCAGAAGAAGAUAAAAGACGAAGAAAUACAGCAGCUUCUGCUCGAUUCCGUAUGAAGAAGAAGCUUAGAGAACAAGCGCUUGAGAAGAAAGCAAAAGAAUUGACAGAAUACGUUGAACAACUCGAGAACAAAGUCAAGGAUCUUGAAAAGGAAGCCAAAUGGUUACGUGCUCUAGUUGUUGAAAAGGAUCCCAAUCUUCUGCAAGAAUAA